AUGCUGAGUGCAGUGGAAGGUGUCCUCUUCUCUGUUGCAACUACAGAGGCAAUGCUGGGGAUUUUAGGGAAUACAUUUAUUGCACUUGUUAACUGCAUGGAGUGGGCCAAAAACAAGAGGCUCUCUAUGAUUGACUUCCUUCUCACUGGCUUGGCAACUUCCAGAAUUUUUAUCAUAUGGGUAUUAACCUUAGAUGCAUACACAAAGCUAUUUUAUCCAACCAUGCAUGUGUCUAGAAGUCUAAGCGAAAGCAUCACUUAUAUGUGGAUGACUAUGAAUCACCUGACUGUCUGGUUUGCCACCAGCCUCAGCGUCUUCUAUUUCCUGAAAAUAGCAAAUUUUUCCCACUAUGCAUUUCGCUGGUUAAAGAGAAGAACUGAUAAAGUUUUUGUCUUUCUAAUAGGGUGUUUGCUAAUAACAUGGCUAAUCUCCUUCUCACUUGUUGUGAAGGUGAUGAAAGCUGACAAAAUUAAGUAUGGAAACAGGACCUGGGAGACCUACUGGAAGAAAAGGGAAUUCACUAGUAACUAUAUUUUAGUCAAUAUUGGAGUCAUUUCUCUCUUUGCGAUGACCUUAGCUGCAUGUUUCUUGUUAAUUAUUUCACUUUGGAGACACAGAAGACAGAUGCAAUCUCAUGUCUCAGAAUUCAGAGACCUCAACACAGCAGCUCAUGUGAAAGCCAUGAAGGUUAUGAUUUCUUUUAUCAUCCUUUUCAUCUUGUAUUUUAUAGGUAUUUCAAUAGAAAUUAUCUGCUUGUUUAUUCCAGAAAACAAACUGCUUUUUAUUUUCGGUUUGACAACUGCAUCCAUGUAUCCCUCCUGGCAUGCACUUAUUCAGAUUCUAACAAACAGUCAGCUGAAGCAAGCCUUUGUGAGGGUGCUUCGGGGACUAAAGUUCUCUGGGGAAGGAAGACCAAAUCUCAGGGCCCUGUGA